UGCAGGCCGGUCAUGUGAGCGUUCUGGAGAUUGGUGAUCGUUAAACUUGAAGUUGGUCUGCAAUCAUGUCCGCUACUAGUGUUCCAUGGCUCACAUCCUUGGAGUGUUCUGCUCCUACCCUCCCAUCUUCAGAAAAUUCAUCCUUCUUCUCAGUUGCUAUCAAAUGGUUAAGAUUCAUUCUUCUUUCACCAUGUCCCCAAAGGGUUUUGUGUUCCUCUGUUGAUCUGGUUUUCCUGUUGACACUCUUAGUAUUGGCAGUCCUAAAGCUUUGUCAUAGCAGCAGGUUGACCGGAGAUGCAAAUUCUCUUAACAAACCUUUGCUUGAAACUAAGAGGCUCAGGGUCAGGGUCAACCUUUGGUUGUAUGCAUCUUUUGUUGUCACAGCUCUCUUAGGCCUAGCUUAUAUUGCUCUUUUCUCAUUUUCAAUCGCCAAGGGUAUCCACUCCGCAUGGGAUUCCAUAGAGAUUUUGUUCAAAUCAUUACAAGCUGUGGCUCAUGUUGCAGUUGUUGUUGUUCUGAUUGCACAUGUACACCAGAAGAAAUUUGGAGCUACGCAUACUGUUUCUCAUCCCAUGUCCCUUCGGGCCUAUUGGGUUGCCAGCUUCAUAGUUACAUGCUUCUUUUCUUCUUCUGCUGUGAUUCGGUUGAUUUCUUCAGCAGCAGAGCCGAGACUGAGAAUGGAUGAUAUCUUUUUCUUGUGUAGCCUUCCAUUGUAUGUUUAUCUCUUGGUCCUCUCCAUUAGAGGAUCAUCGACAGAAGAAAAGGAGGCGAAUGAUGAUAUUGAUUCCAACGUCGUCGUCAGUGGCUACACCACAGCUUCUUUGCUGUCUAAGGCAGUUUGGAACUGGAUAAAUCCGGUACUGUGUAAAGGAUACAAAUCCCCAUUAACAGCAGACGACGUCCCUUGGCUCCCACCGGAAUUUCGUGCAGAAAAAAUGGCACUAGUGUUUGAGAGGAGCUGGCCAAAGGCAGGUGAGAACAUGAAUCACCCUGUUCUAAAAGCGCUGGCUCGUUGCUUCUGGAAGCAGAUUGCUUUCACUGGAUUUCUUGCAAUUGUGCGGUUGGGUGUCAUGUAUGUUGGUCCUCUACUCAUCAAUAGUUUUAUCAGUUUUGCUUCCGGGGAUAGAAGCAACCCUUCACAAGGAUAUUUUCUGGUACUCACCCUCUUCUUAGCAAAAGUAAUCGAAGUCUUGAGUUCACACCAUUUCAAUUUCCACACCAUGAAGCUUGGGAUGCUAAUCAGAUCCUCCCUCAUCACAAACUUGUUCAACAAAGGCCUCAGGCUGUCUUGCUCCUCUAGGCAGGCUCAUGGCGUGGGACAGAUAGUGAAUUAUAUGGCUGUUGAUUCACAGCUGCUGUCUGAUAUGAUACCACAGCUCCAUUCAUUGUGGAUGAUGCCAAUACAACUUACGGCAGCCUUGUUCCUCCUCUACCUAUACAUUGGUGUACCAGUUGUGGCAUCCUUGGUUGCCGUUGUUGGAGUCAUCAUCUUCACGUUGAUAGUUUCGCGUAUGAACAACUUGUUUCAGUUCAGACUCAUGGAGAAUCGCGACCGCAGGAUGAAAGCCAUAAAUGAGCUGCUGAGCAACAUGCGUGUGAUCAAGUUUCAAGCGUGGGAAGAGCACUUUAGCAACAAAAUACAAUCAUAUCGUGGAGUUGAGUUCAGCUGGCUUAGUAAAAUCAUGUAUUUGGUUUCUUUGAACUUCUCUGUACUGUGGAGUGUUCCCAGUGUGAUCUCAGCUCUUACUUUUGCUGUUGCAAUUUGGAUGAAAGUCCCCCUUGAUGCCGGCACAGUUUUCACAGCAACAACAAUCUUGAAAAUCUUGCAGGAGCCUAUCCGAACCUUUCCUCAGUGUUUGAUCUAUCUGUCACAAGCCAUUACAUCUCUCAACAGGUUGGAUAACUAUCUCACAAGCCAUGAAUUGGACCCUAAGUUAGUUGAAAGAGAGGAAGAUUAUUGCGAUGGGCGAAUUGCAGUGGAGGUGAAACAAGGAAAUUUUUCGUGGGAUGAUGAAGGCAACCAAAUUAUCUUGAAAGAUAUAAACUUUGAAGUCAGAAAGGGAGAACUUGCUGCAAUUGUUGGGACUGUUGGAUCUGGAAAGUCUUCCUUGUUAGCUUCGCUUCUGGGUGAACUUCAUAAAUCCACAGGAAGAGUCAGAGUUUGUGGAACAACUGCUUAUGUAGCCCAAACAUCAUGGAUUCAAAAUGCAACUGUUCAAGAUAACAUCUUGUUUGGUUCACCAAUGAACAUGGAAAGAUACAAAGAGGUCAUAAGAGCUUGUUCGCUGGAGAAAGAUAUGGAAAUUCUGGAACACGGUGACCAAACAGAGAUAGGAGAACGCGGAAUCAACCUCAGUGGUGGCCAGAAGCAAAGGAUACAACUAGCUAGAGCAGUGUAUCAAGACAGUGAUAUUUACUUUCUUGAUGACAUAUUUAGUGCUGUUGAUGCUCAAACUGGAUCAGAAAUAUUUAAGGAAUGUCUGAAGGGAGUUUUGAAAGACAAAACAAUUUUACUGGUGACUCACCAAGUUGAUUUCCUGCAUAAUGCUGACCUUAUACUGUUGAUGCGAGAUGGGAAGAUCGUUCAAUCUGGACAUUACAGGGAGCUUCUUAAAUCUGGUAUGGACUUCGGAGCUCUUGUUGCUGCACAUGAGAACUCCAUGGAGCUUGUAGAAAUGAGCAGGAAUGUUUGUCAUGACAACUCUGCACAAUCUCCUAAAAAAUUUGAAGACCAAAGAGAACCCAAUGGUCAAAAUGAAGAAUCAGCUGAGUCGUCUAAAGGUGGUACUGGUAACUCCAAGCUCAUCGAGGAGGAGCAGAGAGAAACUGGUCAUGUAAGCCUUGAAGUCUACAAGCAGUACUGCACAGAGGCAUAUGGAUGGUGGGGUGUGGCAGCGGUACUAAUAGCGUCCUUGUCAUGGCAAAUAUCCCUCAGUGGAAAUGAUUAUUGGCUUGCGUACCAGACUUCUUCUCAGCAAACAUUUAACCCUCCUCUAUUUAUUAGUGUUUACUCCAUUGUAGGAGCCAUUUCGUGUGUACUAGUGGUAAUCAGAUCAUUCACGGCUGCAGUUUUGGGUCUUAAAACAGCUCAAAGUUUUUUUACUCAGAUUGUUUGCAGCAUCUUGCAUGCUCCAAUGUCAUUCUUUGACACAACUCCAUCUGGAAGAAUAUUGAGUCGUGUAUCAACGGAUCAAGCCAAUGUCGAUUUUUUGAUCCCAUUGUUUAUGAGUAUAGCAGUGGCGAUGUACUUCACAGUAAUUAGCAUACUGGUUAUUAUGUGUCAGAAUGCUUGGCCAACAAUAUUCCUUCUCAUCCCUCUCAUUUGGCUUAAUGUCUGGUACCGGAACUACUACAUUGCAUCGUCACGAGAACUAACCCGACUUGAUUCACUGACUAAAGCCCCUAUUCUCCACUAUUUCUCUGAAACUGUUUCCGGGGUUAUGAGCAUACGCUGUUUUGGGAAACAAAGUACAUUCUUCCAGGGAAAUGUUGACAGAGUGAAUGCAAAUCUGCGGAUGGAUUUCCACAACAAUGGAUCAAAUGAGUGGCUGGGCUUCCGUCUGGAGUUCAUUGGAAGUGCCCUGCUCUGCAUUUCUACCCUUUUCAUGAUCAUGCUGCCAAACACUCUUAUUGGAUCAGAGUAUGUGGGGUUGGCUCUAUCUUAUGGUCUGUCACUGAACGGUGUUCUGUUCUGGUGCGCCUACAUCACCUGUUUCAUGGAGAAUAGAAUGGUUUCAGUUGAAAGGAUAAAGCAGUUCAUAAAGAUCCCAUCAGAAGCUACAUGGAAGAUAGCUGGUUGUCUUCCAUCCCCUGAUUGGCCUACUCAUGGGGAUAUUGAGAUAAAGGACUUGAAGGUUAGGUACCGGCACAACACACCUUUAGUUCUUAAAGGAAUUUCCCUUAGCAUCCAUGGAGGAGAAAAGAUUGGUAUAGUUGGAAGAACUGGAAGUGGGAAGUCCACUAUGAUUCAAGUUUUGUUUCGGCUGGUGGAACCUUGUGGAGGGACAAUAGUGAUAGAUGGAGUGGAUAUCUGCAGGCUGGGCCUUCAUGAUCUCAGGUCUCGCUUUGGUAUCAUCCCUCAGGAGCCUGUUCUCUUUGAAGGGACUGUUAGAAGCAACAUUGAUCCACUGGGGCUAUACUCCGACCAACAAAUAUGGAAGAGUCUUGAACGCUGCCAAUUGAAACAAGUGGUGGCUGACAAGCAUGGACAACUAGAUGCUUCAGUGGCUGAGGCGGGGGACAACUGGAGCGUGGGGCAACGGCAGCUGCUGUGCUUGGGGAGAGUGAUGCUGAAGAACAGCAGAAUUGUGUUCAUGGAUGAAGCAACAGCUUCGGUGGACUCCCAAACCGACGUCGUCAUCCAAAGAGUCAUACGCCACGACUUCUUAGACUGUACUAUUAUCACCAUUGCUCACAGAAUUCCUACAGUUAUAGAUUGUGACAGGGUGCUGGUGGUGGACGAAGGGUGGGCAAAGGAGUUUGAUUCACCGGCUAAGCUCAUGGAGCGCCCAUCAUUGUUUGCGGCUCUGGUUCAAGAAUACUCCAACAGGUCAUCAGGAUUAUAGGAUCCUAUCCAUUUCCAUCUGCUCUGCUGCAAUAUAAUUCCUCUCACCUCCCUCCAGCCUCCAACAUUAAUGUCCAACCUCCUUGGGAUUAUCUCAUCUGUGAAAUACUACUUUAUAUAUUGUCUGUUUUUCACACAUUUUCCAGAUUUUCA